AUGGCUGAGCACAGGAAUUGUGCCAGACAUGUGUACAUGAACUGGAAAAAACAACACAAAGCCACAAGUUUGAAGAAUAUUUUCUGGAGUAUUGUGAAGAGCACAUAUGUCCAGGAGUACAACAUGAAGCUGGAGGAACUAAAGAAGGAGAAUGUUGCUGCCUAUGAUGAUUUUAUAUCCAGAGAUGUCAAGCGUUUCUACAAUAACAUUGCAGAGACAUUCAACGGGUACAUAAUAGCUGCUAGGGGAAUGCAUAUUAUUCAUAUGUGUGAGCAGAUAAUGAGGGAUCUUAUGGUUAGGCAGGUAGAAAAGUUGAAAUUGAUGGCUAUGGUCAGUGAUAGAGUUUGUCCUGGUAUAAUAAAGGGUCUGGAGAAAACAAAGAGUAAGAGUGUGGAAGCAUAUGUGUUUUCUAACAUGAACAAGAAGUAUGAGGUCAGUUUCAGGGGUAGAGCUUUUGUGGUGGAUGUCAAUGCUAGAAGUUGUACAUGUAGGGAGUGGGAUGUGACUGGAAUCCCCUGUCUUCAUGCAUGUGCUGCCAUCCAGUUUGAGGGUGAGGAGCCAUCUGCAUACGUGCAUGGAUACUAUACUGUAGAAAGGUAUCUAGAAGCAUACAAGUAUGCUAUAGAGUCUUUGGUGAGUGGGGAGAUGUGGCUCGAGGCUAAUGGAUUUGUGGUGAAGCCCCCAGCUAUUAGGAAAUUGCCUGGUAGACCCAAAAAAGUCAGGAGAAGGGAUCUUGAAGAAGAUCCUAAAAAUCCACAUAAAUUGAAGAGGUUUGGACUUGUAAUGACAUGUCGUAACUGCCAGCAAAAGGGGCACAACAGCAAGACUUGUAAGAAUGAGAAGGCACCACCUAAACCCAAGGGUAAACGAGGAAGGCCAAGAAUUCAUCCAAUCCAACCUCCAAGGCCCAAAAAAAGCAAGGAUCAGCAGCUUGAAGCAACUUCAAGGCAACAGGAGCAAACAAGGCAAACAAGGCAGAGGAGAGGCUUUGUUAUUCCUAGGAGGACAGUUUGGCAAGAGAAUGUGUCUUAUUCACAAAGCAAUGUCACAAGAGCCCUUGAAGGCCCCUCAAUACAAGAGAGCAGGAAUCCAGCUGGAAACUAG